AGCCCAGUGUUGUGCUAUUUAGACUGCUAUAUAUUAAGAGUAUGGGGAGGACAUGGCUUGUGGAGUAUUGCAUUACCUUUGAUUGAAGACAUUAGAGGACAGAAACCAAGGCGGACAGAUCUAGCUUUCGAGGGCAAGAAAAAAUAAAAAUAAAGAAGUUCCCUGUUUUGCUCCUUUUAUGGUGGAUAACAGAAAACCUUGAGAUGCACAUUUGAAGGAUCUGAUCAAUUUCAACAAAGACCGUACUCCAAGUUUAAAGGAUAACCACUUUCCUAGAGGAUCCUGCACCUACACUACACAAAUAAUCAUGAAAGACCGGCUGGCAGAACUGCUUGAAUAUGCAAAGCUUCAUGAUCAGUAUGUCCAAAGUUGUGAGGAAGAUGUCUUAUCUGAUGGGUCUACAGUAUUUGAGACAGACCAUUCUUUGGAAGUCUUGUAUAAGGAGAUACAGCACAUCCGGACAGAAAACCACCUGAUGACUGUUGAUGUAAGACGUUUAGGCAAACAGACCACUCGCUUCCUAACAUCAAUGCGACGUCUUAGUAGCAUCAAAAGAGAUUCCAACAGCAUUGCCAAAGACAUUAAACUGAGGGGAGAAGGAAUACAUAGAAAACUUCAAAGCCUCAAAGCUUUUAGCGAGGAUGCAGAGAACAAGUUUGGAGAGAGCUCUGUGAUUGCACGUGUGUCUAAAUCUCAGUAUAUGACCCUUACACGUUCUUUCCAGCAAGCUAUGGUUGAAUAUAACGAGGCAGAGAUGGUACAAAGAGAAAAUCUCAAGAUCCGUAUUCAACGUCAGCUUGAGAUUAUGGGAAAAGAUAUUUCUGGUAACCAGAUAGAAGACAUGAUGGAACAAGGUAAAUGGGAUGUUUUCUCUGAGAACCUUCUCUCUGAUGUCAAAGUUGCCCGUUCAGCCUUGAAUGAAAUAGAAACACGGCACAAGGAACUGCUUAAACUUGAAACCCGGAUCAAGGAAGUCCAUGACCUCUUUUUACAGAUGGCCUUACUGGUAGAGGAGCAGGCUGAGACCCUGAAUGUUGUAGAGUUAAACAUGGAAAAAGUUAAAGAUUACGUUGCAACAGCAAAAGCCCAAGUUAGACAAGCAGUUGAAUAUAAGAAGAAGAAUCCCUGCCGGAAGAUUUUCUGUUGUUGCUUUCCUUGCUGCAAUUGAUCUCUUAUCUAGUAUUUCUUUUCAAGUGAAAAGGGAAGUCCGGCCAACUUUUUUUUUUUUUUUUUUUUUUUUAUUAUAUUGUCUGUUCAUGAGGCACAAGAACACAAACUGGCAGGAAGUUAAAGGCAGAGUAAUUACUUCUGAAUCAUUAACGUCAAAGGGCAGCAUUGGCUAGUGAACACUUAACCAUUACAAAUAAUGUUAAUAGGCAUAAAAUAUACACAAAAUUAAAGAUUAUCAUUAGAUGAACAGUUAUUUAAAAGAAGAGAAAAGUUAGACUCUAUAAAUGCAGAUACCAAAAUCUGCAUUUGACACCCAGCAGACUACAUCAUGUUUCUUUUUGGUUUUGGGGUUUGCUUUUUCAAUUUGUUAAUAUCGUUAUUCACUUUUGCAGCCAGAAGGAAGCCUUCUAACUUGGCACAGUAAAAACAUAGCGGAGACACUUGGAUUCCAUUGUUUUUAAAUACUCUGUUUAAGAUUGUAUACAUUAAUAAGAUUAGAACAAAAUGUGUUACAGGGUGCAGCAUUUUUGAUAGGAUAGUAUACUAUGCAUUAUUACUAUGCAUUAUUGGUAAUAAACCAUAGUCUUGCUGGCUUGGUUUCUUGUAAAUGGCUUAAAAAUACACAAUUUCUUAGUGAAUUGUUAUUUUACUCAGAGAAAACUCUGCUGUGGUUAUCAUUAAAAGCAAGAUUACAUCCAAAAAAAAACAUACAUGUGAUUUGAGGAGGAAAUGUACAUUUCAAAAGAGGGAAAGAGAUGGGAUACAAUUGGGCCAGUACCCAUUCUGAAUUGCAGUGGGUUUUCUUUAAUGGGGGAAAACCUGGGGAGCGGUAAUUGAAACAGAAU